AUGGAGAGGAGAGUCUUCUUCCACUUGCUGAUGUCGAAGCUGCCAGAGGGAGAAGGGAGGGAAAGACAGAAAGCGGUGGCAAUGCUGCCGCGUGAGGUGCCUGCGGUAUCGUGCCGACGAGGCCCAAUUGUCCCCAACUUCCCUUGGCGUGCACUUGGUUUACUAGUGACUUGUGAGACGAUGGCUUCUCUCGACAGCGACGUGACUAUGGUUCCAGCCGGCGAUGGCUCCUCCGGUGCCGGGCCAUCCUCCAUCAAUCCGACACCUGGGACAACGUCAUCCAGUAAGAAAUCCAAGCGAUUUGAGAUCAAGAAGUGGAACGCCGUUUCCCUCUGGGCUUGGGAUAUUGUGGUGGAUAACUGUGCGAUAUGCAGAAACCAUAUUAUGGAUCUCUGUAUAGAAUGUCAGGCUAAUCAAGCUAGUGCCACAAGCGAGGAGUGUACUGUUGCUUGGGGCGUUUGCAACCACGCAUUCCAUUUCCACUGCAUUAGCCGAUGGCUCAAGACUCGUCAAGUUUGCCCUUUGGAUAACAGCGAGUGGGAGUUUCAGAAGUAUGGUCACUAG